AAGCCAUGAUCCCCAGCGAACAGGACUGGCUCUCCCAUGCGCGAACGCUAAACCAUGUUCCAGCAGCGAUCCCUGCACAAUCGCCCUCCCAGGACGCAGACGCAUCUUUGUUCUCGCCGUCCCCCACCUGUGAGUCUGAGAGCGAGCCCGCAGCGCCCAGCACCUAGUCCUCGGUUCCUCUCCCCCGAGCCGAGGAGUACGUCUUUAAAAAGAUGAAACCCAGCCACAUGACAGAGCUUUAUUUGCAUUCUCAAUGACACCAAAACUGGCCUUUCGCGUCCCAGUUCUCAGUCAGGGGCUUUCAUUUCCUUCCAAAAGGAAUCCGACCGAGGACCCGCCUGGCUCUGAGCUAGCCCGCUUAGCAACCCUUGGCUUGCUCCACAGCCUCGUGCCUAGCUAUCUGCUGCCUGCAAUCUUGCUGUAAUAUGCCCUGCGUGGGUACCCCCCCUUCCCCUCCCCUUUGCAGAAGUCUGCAGAUGGAUGGAUGGUAGGAAGCAUAAACAUUUCCCCUGCAGUUUUGCACUGGCCUCUGAGCCCAAGAUGGUUCAUUCCCUUCCCAUUCUUCUGGUUUUCUACCAUACUCAUUUAAAGGAUAUGCCAUAUUUAAUCAUUUUCCCCUGCUCUCGGUCAGAGGGCUUGGGAGGGGGAGGGGAAGGGGAAUGUAUAUCUCUCCCUCCCCAUCCUUGUUUUUACUCUGGAUGUUACUGCAGCGGCACUGAGGUGACAGGAGCGCUCUGUGGCUUCUCUAAGCCCACGGUGCUCUCAGAGGCAGGCAGUGCCCCCCAACUUCACCGCUGGGGACUAGGUUGACUCCCAGAGGGCUGAGAAGCAACCUUAGGAAUAUUAAUUUUUUAAAAGUUGUUUAGCUACAUUCUUCAGAUGACUAGCAUAAUGACUGCAUAAGACAGAGAGAGAGGGAGAGCAGAGACAGUGUGUGUCAGCCUGUAGGAAGUUAGGACUAUAAAGGAAGUGGGGAGGGGUCUAGUAAAGACAGCAUCAUCAUCUCUGAGGAGUCCUGAAAUGGUUCAGGGCAGUUCAGUUGGACACAAGUUUGCCUCGGAGUGUUUUCCUUUUGUCAAUAAUUAAUCACUGGAAUCAGCCUGGCAAGACUGGAGUUUUAACGACAGUGCAGAGGGUGAGUCAGAAGAAACACCUCGGGCUGAUAAAUCCAUCCGUAACUCCAAGCAGCAGGAAGCCAGUGUCCAUACUGCUCAUCAGCCCACAGGGCCAUCCACUCAGAACAAGAGAAUUGUCUCUUAAGAAAAUAUGUACCUAUGAAUACAUGGAAAUCCUAGUGAGAGACAGCUUGGCGUCAGAAUGGAGGUACCCUCAACAGUAACUAGGUUUGAAUUCCAUCUUUGACAGUUCACCAGCUGUGACAUCAAGGGUCCAAUUGAAUGCCGCUGGCCGACAUGAUGAAUCUAAGGUACGUGAAGGAUUACUUUGCCUGGCUCUAUUACCAGUACACCCUCAUCAGCUGCUGUGCUGUCUUGGAGCCCUGGGAGCGAUCCAUGUUCAACACCAUUUUGCUCACCAUCGUGGGAAUGGUGGUAUACACCGCCUAUGUCUUCAUCCCCAUCCACAUACGCCUGGCUUGGGAGUUCUUCUCAGAAAUAUUUGGAGACCAAAGUACUGCUUCUGUCUCUAACUGAAAUUGCUAGACACACAUAGGGAAGGGCCUCUGCACUCUGUGAAGUUCUAUUACAUAAUGAUAUUGCUGCUUAGGCAUUUCUGGUUUGUGUGAACGUCGCAUCCUUUUGAAACAUCUGACCUGAAAAACAGACUCUUAUCUAUGCACUACUCAACACUUUUGGGUUUGAAAAGAUUAUUCACUGAUCACAAUAUGCACCAAAUUACCCACAAUGCAAUUUCUCCAUAAGACAAAUACUUUUUACAUCCUACACUUUCUCACAAAACAUUAGAACUGUCUGCUCCUCAGACCCUUGAUUUCAAGCCUAUUUUCUAUCAGAACAAUUUCUUAUCUGUCUGGUAAGCAACAGUGACAGGCAUUUAUGAAGACCAUAGGAAAGAGGGGCAUUUGGGUACCCAAGAGAGAAGGGUAAAUGAUAUUUCUGUAAGGAGUGCUGCAGAAUAUAUGUUCUCUAUUCUGUUUGGCAGUGUAUGACAGAUGUGAACCCAAUUACAGGAAUACCUCAAGGCAGCAUCUUCUGGGAAGCUGCCCAUUUCCUCCAAUGGUUUGCCCUCAAAUAUACAAGAAGGGUUUGAGGCAACUGUACCUUUAUAGAAAAUGGCUUGUGUGAUCUUUUCCCCCAAAAGCAUGACCAACACUAGGGUUAUGGUGGUUUAAAAUCAACAGUGAUGGUUUCCCAGAAUCAUGGAGUUAUUUUCAUUCAAAGUAACUGUGAUUGCAAGAGACGAAAUCUGAUCAAAGCCGAUGCAGCUACCAUGUCUUCCAAAGCUGUCUUGCUUUGCAUGAUACUAAAUAAAUAAAAUUUAAUUUAAAAAAAAGCAAAUUGCUUUCUUGUUAUGCUAUCACUCAGUAGAGCAAGAAAAGCAUGUUUUGGGGGCCAUAGGAGGACAAGCUGAUAAAUAGACUGGAAGUAAUAUUCUCACAGCGGGAAGCCUAAGGCUCCAACUGAAAGCUUUAAUACCAUGGCUCCUUUGCAGAGUGGCAAUGAGAUUUAUUAAAUCAUCUUGGAAUGUUUAUCACGAGUUUCUGAUUGUAUUGCUGACUCAAAUGUGAAUGCCAAAGAGUAAGCUUUGUACCAUUUUUUUUUCCUUUACUGACAUGCACUAGUAUUGAUGGAAGGGGAGAUGUAAAUAGCGUUCGAACAAUAUUUGGACAAUUCUGACAUAUCAGGAAGAAAUUAUUUAUUUGGAAGAGCUCUGGAAAGUAAAAUGUUUUGUGUUCGAAGGAUUUUUGUAUUUGUCAAAAAUACGAGCAUGUAUUGAAGAUGACCCAGAUCUGAACAUAGAUGUAUUGUUUUUUGAAAAAUAAAAGUUAGUUUAGUUGC